CUUGCAACACCACCCCCGCCACUCUCCCUUCCCCUCCUACCUCCUCGCUCCUCUCAGCUUUAAUUUUCUCCGAGUUUUCCGAACUCUGGCUCCUGACGGGGCCUAGUGGGUUCGAGGUCCUGGAGGACCGUGCCCUGAUCUCUAACCUACCCUCGACUUCCAGCUGCUCUAACCUGACGCCCCGGCUGCCAUUGCCCGGGCCACCUGGUCCGAUCGGCUCACUUCAUUCACCGGCAGCUGCACUGUCCCCAGCCCCAAUGGGGGAGUGAGAGGCCACUGCCGGCCGGACAUGGGUCUCCCCACCGUGCCUGGCUUGCUGCUAUCACUGGUGCUCCUGGCUCUGGUGGGGAUAUACCCCUCAGGGGUCACUGGACGGGUCCCUUCCCUUGGGGAGAGGGAGAAGAGGGAUAGUUUGUGUCCCCAGGGAAAGUACCCCCACUCUCAGAAUAAUUCCAUCUGUUGUACCAAGUGCCACAAAGGGACCCACUUGGUGAAUGACUGUCCAGGACCAGGGCAGGAAACAGUCUGCAAGGAGUGUGAAAAGGGCACCUUUACCGCCUCCCAGAAUCACCUCAAACAGUGCCUCAGCUGCAAGAUAUGUCGGAAAGAAUGGUUCCAGGUGGAGCUAUCUUCUUGCAGAGCAGACAAGGACACUGAAUGUGGCUGUAGUAAAAACCAGUUCCAGAGUCAAAUAAGUAAUUCCAAACACUUCAAGUGCCAGAACUGCAGCCUCUGCUUCAAUGGCACGGUGAAAAUCCCCUGUAAGGAGAAGCAGAACACUGUGUGUCUCUGCCACGUCGGAUUCUACCUGGAUGACAAAAAUGAGUGUGUCCCUUGCAGUCGCUGCAAGAACAACAUUGAAUGUCCGAAAAUGUGCCUACCUGAACCUGUCACACACCCUCGGGAACCAGGUACCGCAGUGCUGUUGCCCCUGGUCAUCCUCCUUGGCCUUUGUCUCUUAUUCUUCAUCUUCAUCAGUUUAAUGUGCAGAUAUCCCGGGUGGAAGCCCCAGGUCUACUCCCACAUUUGUGGGAAUUCAGCACCUGUCAAAGAGGUGGAGGUAGAAAGAAAUAAGCCCCUAACUCCAGCCCCUGCCCCCGCCUUAAACCCCGCUCCGCACUUCAGCUCUGCCCCAGGCUUCAGUCCUGUCCCCAGUACCCCCAACACCUCCAGCCCCAUCUUCUACCCCAGUAACUGGCCCAACUUCAAGGUCGUGCCUCCUGUAAGGGAGGUGGUCCCAACCCAGCGUGCUGACCUCUAUGAAUCCUUCACCUCCGUGUCAGUCCCCACUCCUAUUCAGAAAUGGGAAGACUAUCCCCACCCGCAGCGACCCGACCUUGCAGACCCAGCGACGUUGUAUACGGUGGUGGACUGCGUGUCUCCGUUGCGCUGGAAGGAGUUCAUGCGGCUCCUGGGGCUGGGCGAGCACGAGAUCCAGCGGCUGGAAAUCCAGAACGGGCGCUGCCUGCGCGAGGCUCAGUACAGCAUGCUGGAAGCCUGGCGGCAGCGCACGCCACGCCACAAAGCCACGCUGGACGUCCUGUACAGUGUGCUUUGCGACAUGGACCUGAAAGGAUGCGUGGAGAACAUCCGCGAGGCGCUGGGAAGCCCUGCCUCCUACUCAACCGCACCCCGCCUCCCACGGUGAGGCCACAGCCCCUCCUCAAGGGAGGAACUUACAGGACAGUUCCGGCGAGAUGCUCUGCUGCCCUGUGGGCCUCCUCCUUGGAUGAAAAGGAGGGAGGAGCCUUGAAGGGGCAGGCUCGAGCUGGCAACCGCUUACUCGGUGCUACCUACUUGAUGUACAUAGCUUUUCUCAGCUAACGAAGAUUGUCCCGGAGCCAACCACUUGUUCGGAGCAGCAGUAUGUGCCAUCUGUCUGCUCCCAGCAGGCGGAGCAUGCCAAAAGCCAGAACAGGUGAUUGCAAAGGAAAGGGACACCAUAUCUCAUGCCCCACUUGAGAUGCACAGGGCCUCCCCCAUUUGGUUCCUGCGCCUUUUUCACAGUAGGUAAGCAAUAUUUGUAUCAAUUAUAUCACACUAAUGGAAACUCGGCUUUCCUUUGCUCCCUGCCUGGACCAACAAGGCUCAACUGUCUAAGGUAGGGGGGCGAGCACAGAACAACGGGGUCUCCAGCUGGAGCCGUGGUCUCUUGUAAAUACACUAAAAGUCUAAAAAAGCCGAUCUCUGACCCUUGAAAGAGUGGUUUGUAUAUUGGAGAGGCUGGGAAGAGCCCAGCACCUAGGAGUAGCAUGGAAAAUCCAGCCAUCCUGCCAGCUAACGGAGACUACACAUCACGGUCCCGUGGGUGCCCAUGCUUCCCUCCUCCCACCCUCCUCCAGUGUUGACCAAACAGCCAUGUUUUGGGGCAGUUUUAUGUGGUGCUCAGAGAUGUGUCUGUGAGACAUGAAAGCACAGUUCUUGACCUCCAGAGUCCACAGAGCCGGAGGUGGGUGCCUGGGUCAGGCUUGGUUUGAAGUGGGUCCUUGAGGUAGAGUCCAGGGGUAGGGUGGUGACCAGCACUCUUGGGGAGACAAUUCCUCUAGGAGAUGUGUCAAAGGACCUCAGCAUUCCUCACACUUCUCUGUAAAGGAAGGAGACGAUACAUUAGGUCAAGGUCAAGCAACGCGAGUGGGGGUGGGGGACAGUUAAGCUGAGUACCUUCCCCUCCCCUCCCCACUUGGUCUUUGUUCCGCUCUGCCUUCCUUAGAACGAAGGGUCCCCCACUUCAUACUGCCCUUUUGUCCCAUAGUCGUUUCCUUCCGCACUUACGAUGUGGACAGUGGGGUGUCCAGCUGUAUGAUGUGGGUCCCCCUCAUUCUCCGCAGCUGGGCUCGAGUCAACUUCCGGGGCUUGCCAUCCCCAGGUUCCGAGGCUCCCUCUAUCCUUUGGCUGGCCAGCUCCUCCCUUAUCUCCCUGAGCAUGUCCUCAGCCUGCAGGGGGCGGGGUCGGAGUCCAGGGGAUAGAAGUCCCUCUUCUUCAUCUGAGGACUCCCAGGGGCUUUCCCCAGCAGAGUCAGUAGGGGUCGGAGAUUGGGGGACUGGGCUCCGCCGUUGCGCCCUGUUUAGAGUUUCUACCACCACAUUCCGUGUGGUCAAAGUCUCAUCUUCCUCCUCGGACCAGGUUGGGGGUGCUCUCCUGGGCAGACUGCCUCCUCUUAGAAUCCCAUCUGGCAAGUCUGGGGCACUUCGUCGCUGGGGAGCUUGAGGGUCAGGAGGCUGGGGGCGCAGAGGAACGUCUCGGAGUUCCAGGGUGGAGAAGGUGAGACGAGGGUCCCUACGAAAAGCCUUGGCCCGAAGCCUAUUCAGCGGGGUGUGAGGGGUCUUGGGGGAACUUGGAAUCAAGGUGCCAUAGCCAGAGUCCGAGGUGUCGUCAGGCAUGGAAGGAGCAUCUUCAUCCGUAUCUUCAGUCACCACUAGGCGGGGGAUGAUGCUCAACUCCAAAGUCCUACUGUUAAUAGCAGAAAGUCAGACUGAGAUAAUGAAGAUCAAAUACAAGCCCAGGAAAGUGUCCCCCGUUACUCCGCUCAGGAAUGUCUUCUCCUCCAAACUUAUUGUCCUGUCUCUUCACAUGACACAGUGUUUUUGCCGCCUCACUGGCUAGAAUUGUGCUCUAUAAAAGACCUUGGGUACUCACUUCUUUUAUGCAACACAUAUGCUAAAAUUGGAAUGACACGAGAAGAUUAUGGUCCCUGUGCAAGGUUCUUGCAAUUUAUGAAGCUUUCUGUUGUUAAAAAAAAAAAAAAGACAAGACCUUGAACUAGGCUGG